UCCUUUUACCCUCCCUCUUUUGCAGUGUAAGGAAUGGGAAAAGGCGAUCUGGCUAUAUAUUGAGAAGUUGUCACAUUAUUGUCUCAGGGAUGUGACACUCAUCAGUCAUGUAUGUAACGUGCGGUGCGGGAUUUUCUCAAAAACCAUAAAAAAGGUGUCGAAAUUUGAACUGCGCUAAUGCCACGCGAUAACGUAGCCGUUAUCUGCCUCGGUUUGAACGCAGGCUAAGAUGUCCUCCAAAAUGGCGAGCUCAAACAGCAUAGCGCAAGCAAGGAGGACCGUGCAGCAGCUGAGGAUAGAGGCGAACAUCGAGAGGAUAAAGGUAUCCAAAGCUUCAGCAGACCUCAUGCACUACUGUGGAGAACACGCCAAGUAUGACCCCCUGCUCAUGGGCAUCCCAGCCUCAGAGAACCCCUUCAAGGACAAGAAGCCCUGCACUAUAUUAUGAUGGGUCGCCCGAUUUUUUAUGUUGUUUUUUAUAGACCAAUAUCCAAAUUAUAACAAUCAUCCUCUCAUUGCCUUAUGGCCUUUUGACCCCCAAAACGAACCCCUACUAAAACUACAACCCCAAGUCACCCAUACUGAAUUGCAAGUAUUGACUAUUUUGCUUUUCCCAUUAUAUUCAGUCAGGACAAAAGAUAGAUACUAAGAAGCACAAAGAUGAACUUGCGGCAGUUUUCACCUCAGAAACAAAUCACGUGGAUAAUUUGUGAAUGAACGCUAAUUUACGCUUGGAGUGUUUCACCAUUUCUGAUUGCUAUCUGCUGUGGUCGAGGCCUGUUGUCUGAAAAUAAAGAGUGGGGUCAGAAUGGGAGUUCCCUGAGCAGUGUAAUCUCUGUGAGCACAAAGAGUCAAUUUUGUAUACCACAAACUUUCUUCACUCUGUUUGGGCCCAAUUCUGACACUAUCUACUAGGUCCUGGAAAAUAACUUGUUUGAGCUGAAUGGUACUGAUAAGUGGUAUCAACCCAGCAGUAGAUCUCGUGGUGUCACUAUCUUUGAACCAACUGGCCUGCACUGAUAAUGACCCCUCCAACUGAAAGGAAGUUCCUACGGCUGUUCCUUUAUGCCUUCUGCCCGCUGUUUCUUUGUGCAGGUCGAUACUGAAUCGCUCUUUUCUUUUUGCCUUAAGUGAAAGACAUUUAGUCGUAUUUUUAUGAGCCUGUGUUUUUGCCUUGUGUUGUUCUUUCUCAUUGUGUGACUUGAUGAAAGAUACUUUUUAAAAUCUGAUCCUAGCCUAAAGACCUGCGGGUACAGCUCAUACCCGUAUUAACCUUUAAAAAUCUCAAAUCAAAAUGUUUAUCAACACUGCAUUUUCGCUACUGAAAUGUGCAGAUGUUGUGCUCAAGGAUUUCUAGAGAUGUUCUGUGUUUCCAAGAAAUGAUCCAUGAGUGGUUUAUUGUUUUGCAUUCCUUUGCUUGAGAUAUUGUAAUUGCAAUUUGCGAACUGCUAAUACAAAAUAUUUCUGAUGCUUUGAAAUCUCACAAGGAAAAAGGUGGGGGUAUAUUUACUGCAAAAAAUCUGUUUACUGGUGUUUUAGUCUUGCAAUGAGACUUAAAACUAAUUGGCAACUCCUGGAAUUAGUAAAAACUCUCACCUCAUUGGCAAUCUUUUUGUGUUAUUCAGCUGAAAAGUAAUAUAAAUUGGAUUUUAAGAUUUAAGUCUAAAUAUAAGACUAAAAUGCUUAAGAUUUACUUAUCUUUUGGCUUCUGCGGUAUUUUCAUGGAAAGUGUCAAGUCAGGCUUUUGUAGUUGCAUAAUUCAGCAACUCUCAUUUCUCAGUAUUCACUGGAGCAGUGCCAGAAACCGUUGACUUAUCAUGAGCAUACCUGAUCCUUGGCUACUUCCUGUGCCGUGAGACAUUGUUUUACAGCACUGAUAUUUGCUGUACACUUUUAAAUGAACUUAUAUUUCAGAAAACAGACAGCAUCAUGAUAAAGCACUAUUCAAGUUGUAACUGCAAAAGAAAGCGGCCUGAGAUUUGCCCAAAAUGGCUACAUUAGCGCUUGAAUGACUCCUGUUUUAUGAUGUGCUUGAAAAACUAUAACCCACGGUGUAUGUCCUGUACCCUGCGUCUGCCUUAGAGAUUGUGCCCUGUGACUAGCAUAGAUAACUCAAUCCGUUUGUAAGAAUGUAGUAUGCAGCAAGUCAUGGUACUACAAAUCACUGUAAUAUAUUGUAACCCUUUAAAUGAAUAUGCCUUACAAUAAUAUGAAGGAUAUUUCUAUGUUUGUUGCUUUGUAUUGAUUGGUGUCAACUAUGAAGUGUGUGAAAAGAGGCUCAAGCGUGCCAUCACAUCUAUGGAUUGUACCAGUAAUAGAAAUGAUUAAUCUGUCUGAUUGUACAUCACCCAUGGUGCUCUGGACGCAAUGCUCUCAGUGUUUUUUUCCUCUUGAGAGUUUUGCUAUUCGAUAAAUGUGUAUUUUUGACAUGACCAGAGAUCAGUGUUCCGUAGUGAAUGUGAUUAACGUGACAACUGUAGAGCAUCUCCCAUUAUCGACAUUCCAUGUUUACAACGACUUUUCAAUUUCCGUGGGAACAACGAGGUUCCCGGCAGGUGCAUGUACCACAACAUGCAGAUUUUACCUGCUCACAAGUAAAGGUAAAUGUAAAGGUAAAUAUUUUACCUGCUCACAAGUAAAUUGAAGUGUGUCUGCCUCAACUUCGCUCUACUGUUAAGUAACACUGCCAAAGUGCUAUGCUGUGAACAAGCUGGCACAACACAAGCAAAUGCAACCCCUACCCCACUUUAUAGAGAAUACCAAUGGUUCGUAUUUCUGCCAACGCUAUAGUUUAAUAUUAAAUAUCCCACAGUAGCUGCGCUAACUGCACAAAAGAUGGCAGGAUGUCUCAGUAUUGAGCAAUGUUACAUUGCUGUACCUUUGCCCAACAAGAAACCCACUAAAUUAAAAGUGUUCUUACCAGUAUUUAAUUCACAAUGUAUUUUACAUUAUCACAGUGGAGGCCUACUAACUACAUUGUAUGAGAUUAGUAUAUUCUGUCUUCAUCAUUUCAGUUGCUUUUGUAUUUGUAAAUUAAUUAACCUGAAUAAAUAGCUUAUUUUUGCAGUUGUAUCUUUUGUACCUUAAAAGGGGCAUCUCUUAAAUGUAAAAUGCAUUGUUUUUGCCAACCUGACUCAUUCUUCAAAUGGAUUUACUUUUUUUAAAUGCUCUGUUUGGGUUCCCCUGAAAAUCCUGGUGCUCCAUUUUGUUUCUGGUUCUGUAAAUGUUGAUGUUUGCCCACUACUUCAUCAUUAAAUUGUAAUUUUAUUUGAACAA